CCACGAAAGGCGAAAGCUUCUCUUAUCCGAAAACUCACCGCACUCGUCAUUUCCCUUCCUUUCAAUCACAGAAUUGGUCCCUGGAACGAAAACCUUCGCUCUGAAAAUGUUGCCCGCUGCAAUUCAAUCCGGCGCCAAUGGCGCUUCCCCCUUCUCCUGUUCCCUCCUCCACCAGACUCCCACAACCACCACAUUCAAAUCCACGGCUCUCGCCUUCUCGAAACCUUGUCCAAAACGACAGUUGUCCUCCGCUCUCGAUCGAAAGCGCUUCUCCGCAUUCGCUUCGCCGGAAACGGUGGCAGCUCCGCCAUCGGAGGACGAGAAGGAAGUUGAAAUUCCGCAAUCGUUUGACAAAAUAAAUGAGGUGGUGGUGAACCAAAUGACGAAGCCUCGGCUGGUGCUUAAGUUCAUAUGGAUGGAGAAGAACAUUGGGUUGGGGCUGGAUCAAGUAAUUCCUGGACAUGGCACGGUGCCCUUGAGCCCUUACUUCUUCUGGCCUAGAAAAGAUGCUUGGGAAGAGCUCAAGACUACUCUGGAAAGCAAGCCCUGGAUUUCCCAGAAGAAGAUGAUUAUACUUCUCAAUCAGGCUACUGAUAUCAUCAACUUGUGGCAACAGAGUGGCGGCAAUCUCACUGCUUGAUAUUCCAGACCUCCUGCGCCUGGUUAGUAGCCAAAGAUCAGUACUUUAUCCUGUGAGAGGUUGUCUGUAGAUUGUAAUAGAGAUUGGUUUGUUAAUGCUGUGGUGGCCUGUUUGUUCUUUGCACUGUGUUUGGGUCUGAAAGGUUGCAUGUAACUGAGGCAAUCUUCUGAUGGCUGAAUCGCGAUGGUUUUGGUAAUAUGAAGUGUUCAGACAGGAUACAUUCAUUGUUGAAAGAAACUCAGCUUGUCAACAGUUUACAAACAAGAGUGUAGGAUUGAUUUGUAUGGUAUUCAACCACAUUCAAGCUAUAGUCAAUGAAGUAGUUGCUGCAAA